CAGACAACCCUUUGAAUCUACCAAACAUCUUCCCUCCGCGCUGCUGCUCGUGUCCAUGCCCCACUGCUGUCCCGCGACGCUUCUUGGAUUCUCGGAGUCUUGGAGCCCGAGCGUUUCCCCUACAUACACCUCCUGUGGAGAACUCCGAGCGCGGCUGAUCGCGCGACCUACUCAUCACAUCCGCCCGCCGUGUCACGGAUUCACCGGCUCGUGGCAAGAUCACCAUCGCACUAUCCCUGCGGUCGUGGGCACUCCAGCAUGGGUGCAUGGGAAAGCUGAAGAGCGAGGACAUGGGAUCGCCGGCCUCCCGUUGCCGUACACGCGACUGCAGCAGUGGUAGGCGGCUUCUUCUCCCCGCACACCUCCGCCGUCUGCCAUGAUGCGCAUCCCCAUCCGAGAGCAGCUCGCCCUGCUCAUCCUCCUCGCCUCCCUCAUCGGCCUCGGCGUCAUCUCCAUUGCAACAUGGGUCGCCAACCACUCCUUCGUCCUGAGCGUCUGCCGCUCCCGCCUCUCCCUCACCGCAUCCCUCAAAGCCGCCCAGCUCGCGUCGAAUCUCGACCUCAUGCAGACCACCUCCAACCUCGUUUCCACCAGGGUUAUCAUCCAGGCCGCAUUGGAGAAUUAUGUCAACAGCGGAGACAACUCUGCCGCCAAUUGGGCCCAGGCAGACCAAGAUAUGGCCGCCGUGAUUGGAUCGGGCGGUUCGGUGGGCCAGGAUCUGCUAUUGCAGAGCAUGGUAUAUCCUAGGAAUGCCUCGGGCCCUGCCGGUCCGUACAGUGUGCUCAACACGACCAGUGCGCAGGUACAGGGUGUUCUGGAAUUACCCUGGACCUGCCCCAAUGGCAGCCCGGCCACCCUCGGCAUGUCCCCUUCUAAAUGUGGAGGCCUCGAUUAUGGCUACCCUCCAGUGCUGUACCCAAACCUCACAUAUACUUCCGCCACGCUGGAUAACGGGUCAAAUGUGCAGCAAGCAACAUACAAUGGCGCCACCAUCGGGCCCGGCGCGAGAGAGGCGCUGCUCCUCGGCCCGUGGCAGAUCAACGAAACUUUUGCACUCGUCUCCAUCACCGUACCCAUCGUCAAUACUACCAGUACUCUCGACGUCCUGGGCUGGCUAACCGUAGUCAUGAGUGGCGCGCUGAUCAGCGAAAUCAUGGGCAGCUCCGAGGGCCUUCAAAAAACCGGCGAAACACUGUUGGUUGGCCCAGUGAACAGCACCAACCUUUUCUCUCCCGCAAUCCUGUACUCCUCCAAUCAUGGCCAUCCACCCAGCAACUUUCCCGUCGAGUACGUUAUUCCAUUACCUACGGCUGACGCGAAUCGACAUCCAAACCACACCUUCACCACGCCGAACCUUCCCUUCCCUGUGCGCGAGUAUGCAGCUGUCCAGAAAGGCCUGACGGAAGCAACAGGCAACUCUGACAAUUCAGGCGCCGUCGUCAAGGGCCGCAACGAGAAUGGCAGCAAGGUUGCCGUGGGGUAUGCCAUGCCCCAAACCGAUCUGGUCGAAUGGCUGGUCAUUGUCGAGCUGGCGCAAAGUGAAGUCUACCGGCCCAUCUACGAUCUCCGGAAUAUCAUCCUGGCCUGUGUGUUUGGCACGGCAGGCUUCAUGGCCGUCAUCGCCUUCCCCUUGGCACACUUUGCCGUUCGUCCUAUUCGUAGUCUGCGUGAGGCUACGGCAAAAUCCGUCGAGCCGCCGGGACAGUCAGGAAGCCGAAGCAGCCUUGGCUCGUUCGACUAUCCGGAAGACCGAGGCCUCGACGAUGCAGAGAUGGUCGCUGGAGCGGGUGGAGCUGAAAAGGAGUUUGGAGAAAAGCCUGGAGACAUUCCCAACGGCGCCGUCGGUAAAUGGAGAGCAAAACGACACGAGGAGCGUCAGAGGAGACGCGAGAAUCGGAUGAAGCGGGCUUUCCGCAUCCCAGGAAAAGUGCCGGAUCGGAAGCAUUUCGUUAAAGACGAACUCUCCGAUUUGACGAGAACAUUCAACGAGAUGUCGGAUGAGCUGAUGAUGCAGUACUCGCGAUUGGAAGAGCGGGUGCAAGAGCGCACGGCGGAGCUGGAACUAAGCAAGAAGGCGGCGGAAGCGGCGAACGAGAGCAAGACGCUGUUCAUUGCAAACAUUUCGCACGAGCUCAAGACGCCUCUCAACGGUAUCAUGGGCAUGUGCGCCGUGUGCAUGCAGGAAGAUGAUCCGCUGCGGGUCAAGCGGUCGCUCGGGACGAUCUACAAGAGCGGAGACCUUCUGCUCAACCUCCUGACCGAUCUGUUGACCUUCAGCAAGAACCAGGUUGGGCAGCAGCUGAGCCUGGACGAAAAGGAGUUCCGCUUGCGGGACAUCAGUCAGCAGAUUGAAGCAAUCUUCGAGAAGCAGGCGCGUGAGGGACACAUCGACCUGCGCGUCAAGUGGGAAGGCGUUCCGUUCUACGUGUCGAAUGAUUCUACUCCAGACUUUUUGGACUACGGACCUAACGGGACCGGACGGCUGAAAGAUAUGAUUCUCUGGGGCGACCUGCAACGCAUCUUACAGGUCAUCAUCAAUCUCGUCUCCAAUGCGCUCAAAUUCACUCCUCGCGACGGCUCGGUCGUGCUUACGAUCCGAUGUCUCCCCGAGCUGGCCGACAUGAGCAGACGGACUUCGCGGGCCUCGCGUCAGUCUCCGUCUAGAGCUUCCCGUCAAUCUCGACAGUCGCGAGGAGUCUCUGGACGCCAUCAUGGAGGAUCAGACGCUUCCCAGGUCGGCUCCAAUUUCAGCACCGCCAAUGCCAUCAACGCGCGAGACCGACCGCAUGCCAUGUCGCAAGAGCGAGCGGCAUCUCCGCCUCCGGGCGUCUACCUGAAUUUUGAAUUUGAGGUCAUCGACACUGGUCCGGGCAUCCCGGAAAAUCUGCAACAAAAGAUCUUCGAGCCCUUUGUCCAAGGCGACUUGCGUUUGACGAAAAAGUUCGGUGGUACUGGUCUUGGCCUGUCCAUCUGCUCACAGCUUGCCAGUUUGAUGCAUGGCUCGAUCAAGGUCCAGAGCACCGUAGGGGUGGGCAGCACAUUCACCUUGAACAUGCCACUGCGACAUUUGACGACGCGGUUGGAUAGCUCGGCGAGCUCGAGCGUGGAGGCUCCAAGGGACGAAGUCCUGCGCCGAAGCCUGUCGUUUGACGACAUGGACGUCGGAGUGGCUCGCCACUCUCGCUCGGCAGGCGAGGAGCUCGUGGAUGAGAAGCUGACGACGACGGCCACCGUCACGACCGGCAGUCCCGCCAAAGUGACCAGCGACUCGCAGCCGCGACUCGUGGGCCUCAGCCAGCCCUUCUUCGCCUCCUCCGAGCCCAUGGAAUCCCCCGGCUCGCAGCCAGCGGCGAUGGAAAAGAUGAAAGCCGAGGCGAACCGCAGCGGCAACAAAAUCCGCGUGCUCGUGGCCGAAGACAACAAAGUCAACCAAGAGGUCGUGCUGCGCAUGCUCAAGCUCGAGGACAUCUACGACGUCACCGUCGCCAAGGAUGGGCAGGAGGCCGUCGACUACGUCAAGGAGUCCAUGCUGCCCCCGACUCCGGACAUGCCGAAGGAGUGCAAGCCCUUCGACCUCAUCUUCAUGGACGUGCAGAUGCCGAACGUGGAUGGGCUGCAGAGUACGAGGUUGAUCCGCGAGAUAGGAUACCAGGCGCCCAUUGUCGCUCUGACGGCGUUUGCGGAGGAGAGCAACAUCCGGGACUGCAUUGAUUCCGGGAUGAAUUACUUUCUCUCGAAACCCAUCAAACGCCCUCAACUGAAGAAAGUCCUAAAGGAUUACUGCCCGCCGAUACCAGAGGAGAACGAGGAGCUCUCGCCUUCGGAAGACGUCACGGCGAGCGCACAGACUCCGCCCGCCACGCAGAUUAUUGUGGUCAACAAUCCGAAGUCGGACGACUUGCCUGGCAGCAGUAGGCAGGAUGCGGCGCACUCGUUCUUUCAAACGACGGACGAGAGGCAGGGACGGGCGGAUGGGCGAGAGCGGCCGGAAUCGCCGGUGAGUCCUUUGACGACGCCGCCACCGCCUCCGUGAUGAUGGGAUUACUUGGCGUUGCGAGAGUUUCAUGAAAGCGUGGAGUUUUUGGCUUGGGUUCGGUUCGGAUCUGGAAUUAAAAGUUGAGGUAUCUUGAGCGGAUAGGUUUAGGGGAUUGCCGGGCGGAUCUGGGCACUCCUGCGUGGAGAUGGGAGUUGGGGAUUGACAGUUGCUUAGAUGGUGAUGGCGUUGCGGGGUGUUGUCCGCUUCUUGUACGCGGAAUGUCGCCUCCUGACGACGUAUCUCAUUCACGGUUUCGCGAGCCAUUGAUCACUUCUAUCUUCACGUCCAUGGAGCGCGUGUCGUACGCGACUGAGAUCAAGUAUGUCGCGUCGAUUCGCGAUUUUUGUGGCGAAGUCCAC